UUCCGAUUUUAGUUGACUGUGAACAGGCAGCUUGAAUCGACGUAUACGUCGCGUAUUGCUGCUCCAAGCUGUUUUAAGCCACACACAAAAACGCAUACGACGCCGAUUUUGUAGGCGUAUUGAAGUGAAUUUUCAGUGUGAGAUCGCGUGCGCGUUGUACCAAUUCGAGUCGGUCGAAGAACAUUUGCGCGUUCGCACGCUCAGUUAAUUAGACGGUCGGUCGAUCGGUCAGUACGUCAGUUAGUUAGUUCGAGUGUCGGUCGUUGAGUUUCGUGAAUGAAAUGCAGUUGAACCUGACGACGGGCGGUUAGAAAAGUGCAAGUCGCGUGCGCAUUGAGCGCGUCUUCAAAAAAUAACAAAAAACCCAAAACAAUAUUCAUCAUCAUCGGCAAUAGGAAAUAAAAACGAAAAUAAUAAAGUGUAUAACGACGAAAACGAAACGAAAGUGAAGUGAGCGCGUGUCUCGCGGUGAUUGAUUGAUUGCUGAUUGUAUUGAAUUAUGAAAUUUUACGAGUUAUCAAUGUGAAAAUUGCGAUCAUACUGUGCAGGAAAAAUAGUAAAAAACAACAAAAAAUAUAAGAAAACGAAUUAGAAUUGAAAAAGUAUUGCCAGCGCGCAGCCCAAACUGAGCUAGGCAACCUAAGCGUUGUGAAAAUUCUUCUACACUUUCGUUGCGCACGUAAAUCGAGAACCGUGCCAAAUUUUUGAGUGACAUGCAAAAUCACUUCUAAGAAGAAUUAGUAUUACAGCGGCGUAGAAAAGUGAAAAUCGAAGUGAAAUUAAUUUGUGAAUUAGAGAAUCUCUGUGUAACAAAAUAAGAAGUACUUGAUUUUUCAAAGUCAGCAAACAAAUUUUGAGUAAAAUUAAUUGAGUGAAAUUUACGAAGAAUCACAAAAAUAUAAAAUUUCGUGUCGAAUAUUUAAAUAAGUAUAAAAACAACUUUAAAUUUCGAAUUUUAGAAAAUAAAAUUAAUUUAAAAAAAUUCACUCAAAAUAAAAAAAAAAAUACUCAAAAAAAUUGCACAAAAACACUCAAUAUAAUUUACAAAAAACAUUCACCCACACAAACAUAAUUUAAGCCAGAAAAAUAGCAGCAUUUCGCAGAAAAAAUCAAACUUGAAACCAAAAUUCUAAGCAAAAAAAGAUUGAGUUGCAGCAAAUUGAGCAGAAAAUACGACAAAAGCAUAAUUAAUUAGCUCAAAGCUCAAAAUACAAUAUAAACAACAACAAAUAUAUUUCGCGGAGGAAGAAAAUACUCUCUCAAAUAAACUACAGUUAAUCCAAUACGCCUAAAAGUGAAUCAGAAGCAUUCAAACUGUGCUCAAAUAACAGUAAUAAAUCUCAAAAUUAGCAAACGAUUGAGUGAUUGAACUAAGCUCGCCCAAAGCAUAAUUAAACGACUCCAACAAGCAGACAAUUAGUCAGCACCCAACAUAAACUUGAUAUUCCUCCCACCCCUGACCAACAAAACCACCAAAAUGCGACGCCUAAAUGUAUUACCCACACUACUCCCACUCUUGGUGCUGCUAAGCACACUCAUCACUCUCUGCCGCGCCAUACCCAACGAUGCGUAUCUGAAAAUGAUGGCCUCCGAAACGCCCAACGAUCCUUGCUACGACGAUGACAAGGCGCGCAGAUGUAUACCCGACUUCGUGAACGCCGCGUUCGGCACACCCGUGCAGGCUUCGAGCACUUGUGGACUCGAGGAACCACAACGCUAUUGUGAGCUGAGCGGCGCAGGUUCACAGGCAAAUCCACAAGAUAUGAUUUGCCACAUUUGCGAUCACACCAAUCCAGCGCGACGCUUUGCCGAAUCGGCGCUGACCGAUUUGAAUAAUUCGAAUAAUGUGACAUGUUGGCGUUCGGCGCCCGUACCAGCGGUGACUAGCAUGAAUGCGCCACCGGAUAAUGUAUCGCUGACGCUAUCGUUGGGCAAGAAAUACGAAUUGACCUAUGUGAGUUUGCAAUUGUGUCCGAAAUCGGUGAAACCCGAUUCGAUUGCAAUCUAUAAGAGUUCGGAUUACGGCAAGACUUGGCAACCCUUCCAGUUCUACAGUUCACAGUGUCGACGCGUCUACGGGCGUCCAAAUCGUGCAACCAUCACCAAGCACAACGAGCAAGAAGCACGUUGCACUGACUCACGUGGACAGGUGGGUGAGGUAACGGGUUUGCAGGGCUCGCGCAUCGCUUUCAGCACAUUGGAAGGACGUCCGUCGUCACGUGACUUGGACGCGUCGCAAGCGCUGCAAGAGUGGGUAACCGCCACCGACAUCAAAGUGGUCUUCCAUCGUCUGCAAAUGCCCGAACCGAAUACUUUGAGUGUUCUGGAGACCAGCGGCACCGAUCUGAAGCCAAAUGGCAAAUAUAGCGAGUCGGCCAGCAAUUCAGUGUUGAUACAACAAUACGGCACAAAUGUGAUCGAGCAGUCGGUGGACGGUAGUGGCAUACCAGCUGCAGUGGCCAUCUCGAGUGGUGGUUCGGCGCUCAGCGGUGUCGUCGCCGGUUCAGGCCAACAUUAUGCUGUGUCUGAUUUCCUGGUCGGUGGACGCUGCAAGUGCAAUGGACAUGCAUCGAAAUGCUCACCGGAUCGUUACGGUGUGCUCGCAUGCGAGUGCAGACACAAUACAACGGGUCGCGAUUGUGAACGCUGCAAGCCAUUCCACAUGGAUCGGCCGUGGGGUCGCGCAACGGCACGUGACGCCAAUGAAUGCAAAAUCUGCAAUUGCAACAAUCACGCUCGUCAAUGUCGCCUCAAUAUGGAACUAUUUAAGCUUUCCGGACGUGUCUCUGGUGGAGUUUGCGUAAACUGUCGACACUUUACCACUGGGCGAUACUGUCACUACUGCAAGGAAGGUUAUUACCGUGAUCCAACUAAGAAACUGAAUCAUCAUCGUGUAUGCAAACCCUGUGAAUGUCAUCCGAUCGGUUCGUCUGGCAAAACGUGCAACAACACCUCUGGCCAGUGCCCCUGCAAGGAUGGUGUGACCGGUCUCACCUGCAAUCGCUGUGCGCGUGGCUAUCAACAGAGUCGUUCACACAUUGCGCCAUGCAUCAAAAUUCCCGCACGCAAAGCGAAUAUGUUGGACACACAGAAUACUGCACCCGAACCAGAUCCACAUGAUGCCAAUGCACCUUAUCGCACAGAAGGCGGGAGGGAAUGCGAAAGAUGCAAAAUAAGCACAAAAAGGUUAAACCUCAACAAAUUCUGCAAAAGAGAUUACGCAAUAAUGGCGAAAGUGGUUGGCCGCGAAUCGAGUACGGAAGUAACGAGCAGCAGCGAACAAUACACCAAAGAAAAUCAACAAAUGGAUCCCGACGACGAAACGGAGGACAACACACCCGAAACGGUAAAAUACGAUAUACAAAUACAGGCGAUCUUCAAGCGUACCCCACUCGAGUACGCAACAACGAAUACAAUCCUAAAACGGGGUCCUUUGACCUGGAUCAUACCAAUUAAGAAUCUCGAAUGUCGUUGUCCCAGAAUCAAAAUGAAUCGCUCCUAUCUGAUACUGGGCAGGGAUUCGGAAUCGCCACCGGGCUAUCUUGGCAUCGGUCCGCGUUCCAUUGUGAUCGAGUGGAAGGAUGAAUGGUAUAGACGUAUGAAACGCUUCCAGCGACGUGCGCGAACGUGUCAGUAAAGUGAAUUUGAGCAAAAAAAUUAAAAUAAAAAUCAGAAAAAUUAAAAAUUUGAAAACACUCACACACACACACAUAUACGUACACAAAAUGCGCAUAUUUUAAAUGUAUUUGUAUUUAUAAUAUAAUAAUGAUAAUUUGAAAUAGUUUUUAAGGCAAAACUACUUAAAUGCAUUCAAAGUCGAAUAAACCGAUUAACAUACACACACAUACAUACAUAUACAUAUAUUUGUGUAUAUGAGCAGGAAAUCUAUACGUAAAUGUAUGCAACUGAAUGAAAAUGUUAAUUUUUCGCGGUGUAAAAACAAAAAAAUAUUUUUAAUGGUAUUUAAAUUUGACAAAAAAAACACGAAAAAAGUUGCAAUGAUUUAAACUACUUUUGUACUUUAUUUAACUUUUUUAUAUUUAAUUAAUUUUUUUUUUUAAUUUUUAGUUAUAGUAUUUUUUUGUAAUAUUUUUUUUUAAUUUGGCAAUAACACUGAUUUAGUUUUAAAAUGAAAAAAUAAUAAAUUUAAGUUUAAAUAAAUAAUUUUGAAGAAUAUUAACUUUUUCAAACUUUUGUAAAAUAUUGAUAAUAUCAUUUAAUAUACAUAAAUAUUUAAUAUAAAGCAAAAAUCGCUAAAAAAUAAUGAAGGCAUUUUUUAUUUACCAAAGUAUUCUCGAUUAUUACACAUUUUUAUCAAAUUAAAAAUCAGAAGCUUUUUUAGAACAAAAAAAGUUAUGAUGAGAAAAGCAAAAACUUGGUCGAAAUGUUAAAAAAAUUAAAAAAAAAACGCAAAAAUUUUAGCUUGAAUAUAUUAAUAAUAGCGAGCUUUUAAAGGUCAUCAAGUUUAAUGCCUUCCACCACACUGCUGCUUUGUCAAGCUUUUAAAAGCUUUCAUACGAUCACCCUAUUAAUAUUGGGGUGCUUUUAAAGGUCAUCAAGUUUAAUGCCUUCCACCACACUGCUGCUUUGUCAAGCUUUUAAAAGCUUUCGAAAGCAUACGAUCACCAACUUCAAUAAUAUUAAAAGCUCUACAAGAACAUUUAUUUCAUUUUCAUAAAAUAUUCUUCAGAGAAAUCUUUCAACUAAUCGUCAAUUAAUAAUCAACCGUUCCAAACUAAAGAAAGCAGUCGAAGUCAUACAAAGCGUUGUGCUUUUGAAUAAAUAUAAAAGCGUGGCCUGAAAAUCAUUUUUCGCAACAUUUUAAGUCAAACUCAAAAUACAUUAAUAUCAUCUAAAAAAUUCCAAAAAAAUUGUCAUAAAACAAAAAAGCUUUCGAAAUCUUUUGCAACAAGCUUUCGUAAAAUCACUUGAAAAAAAUUAAAUGAAUUUUAUACAAAAAUAACUUCUUUAUUAUACAUAAAUAUGAUAAAAUCAAAACUUUCAAAAUGUCAAAUCAAAACCGAGCUUUUUGCAGAGCUUUCACUUAACUUUUGAACUUUUUUAAAGCUGAGGAAGCUUUAAGCAAUUAUUCGCUCAGUACGAGAAACAACAAAAUUCAUAUUCGGAUCAAAAGCUCCAUAAACAACUAAAAGCAUAUGAUACAGGAAAGGCAAAGCUAAACACUUAUAAUGAAAUAUAUUACAAAAAUUAGUUUCUUCAUUACUUGUCUAAACAAAUUUGGACUUUUUCAAGCAAGAACUGCUUAAUGAAGUGCUUUUUUUAUAAAUUUCUUAAAUUCCUAAGCAGAAAUGCAUUUUUUUUUGCCCAGCAUUUAGCGAUUAGAUUUCAUGCCAUACAUUUUGCCAUAACUAUUUACUCGAAACACUAUUAAUAUUUUAGUCCAAUCACACACAGAUCCUAUAUAGCAAACAUAGAAAACCAUAAACAUAGUAGUAAAUACAUACAUACAUACAUAUGUGAAUUAAAUAGAACUGGAACAAUAAAUAAUGCGCCAAUAAAUUACCUAAAAUAAACUUAAAAAAAUAAAA